UCUUAUUCUCUGCAUGGAUCAAAAGACAAGCUAUUGAACCAUUAUAUAUAUUUUUCUUGUUACAUUGAAUGACUGUUAAAACACGAUUAUGACUAUGUAAUGGUAAUAUUAUUAAUGUAUGGAAUUACAACACAUUCCUUCAUAAGGCUUUAAAUAGCAUAAGAAUAAAUAUUUUUGAAUGGAGUUAAAUAUAUUUAUGAGCAAUUGUGAAGAAGGCAUUCAUAUGAACCUUGAACAUAAAUGUUUCUUAGACAUCCUUUCUGUCACGCCCUGGCCUUAGUAUUCUGCGUUUUCUUUAUUAUUUUGGUUAGGCCAGGGUGUGACAUGGGUGAUUUAUUGUGUUUUGUCUUGUCUAGGGGUUUAUUCGAUUGAUGGGGUUGUGUUCAGUAUAGUUGUCUAGGAAAGUCUAUGGUUGCCUGGAGUGGUUCUCAAUCAGAGGCAGGUGUUUAUCGUUGUCUCUGAUUGGGAACCAUAUUUAGGCAGCCAUAUUCUUUGGGGUAUUUUGUGGGUGGUUGUCUCCUGUGUCAGUGUUUGUACCACACAGGACUGUUUCAGGUUUACACGGUUCUUGUUUUUGUAGUUUGUUCAUGUAUAGUUUUUCUUAUAAAAAAAACCAUGAACUUCAACCACGCUGCAUUUUGGUCCUCCGCUCCUUCCCAGGAAGAAUCUCGUUACAAUCUCUAGGCAUUACAGAAAAAUACAUCUUAGUUGAAUAAAAGUGCUAAGAAGGUUGUUAUGAAUGCCACUGUAGCACUCAUAAAGGUGUAAUGAAAUAUUAAUAUCCGAUGUGUAUUGCUAUAUUUAUUGUUAUUAUCACAACACCAUUUCAUAUUGUAUUUCACACUUGUCUCCUGCUCCAUACCAGUAGACACAGACAUAGAUAGUGACCAUUAGAGAAAGAGGAGAAAGAGGAGAGAGACCCCGGUGUUGUGGUUGAUUCAUCGAGGCAGUAGAGGCAGGAUGUGGGUCCUCAUCUGGGCAGCUCUACUUCUCUCUCUGACAGAGAGAACCACAUGCCAAAAGAAGGCCACUGCAGCAGCAUACAACAUCACCUUCAGUCCAGCAGAGAUAACACCACAGACUGGACUAUGUGCUGUUAUUCCAUGUUCGUUCACUCACCCUGAUGACUUCCUUGCUAGCAUAGCAAUGUGGCUUAAAUGCCCUGAUGCACAAUGUUCUAUUAAAUUCAACAUGGACUCUAUUUUCCACUCAAGAAACUCCUCUAUAGCUCAGGAGGGUUAUAGAAGGCGAGUAGCACUACUGGAGACAGACCUGACAAAGAAGAACUGCAGUAUGAUCAUCAACGACAUCACUAAGACUGAUGACGGAGACUAUAAAUUUAGACUGUCCGGGACAUUGAACAGUGGAACAAGAAGUAAAUUUACAUCCACAGAGAAAAUUAAAAUUGCAGUAAAAGCUCUGACCCAGAAUCCCUCAGUGUUGACUCCUCCUCUGACAGAGGGAGAACCAGCGACCCUGACCUGCACCGCCCCGGGGAUCUGCUCUGGAACUCCUCCUAACAUCACAUGGAUAUGGAGUGGGACAGGAGACAACAUCACUGAGCUCAGAGACAACACCACUACACAAAGGAGAGAGGAUCUGACCGGCUUCACAACAACCCACUUCUCAACUUUGACCUUUACCCCCUCAGCUAAGCAUCACGGCACCAAGGUCACAUGUCUGGUGACCUUCAAUGGAAGCGUCACCACCAACAAGACACUGAAAUUGAAUGUGACACAGGGAGUAUCUAAAGACAUCUUGGCUAUGCUGUUGAACCCACCACUGAUUACUGCAGUUGUGAUUGGUGCAGCCUUCUCAUCCACCAUCUGUUGUAUCAUCCUGUGUUUGACAGGGAAAUAUAAAAAACGCAAAGAGAGGACCCCAAAGAACUUAGACUCCAAAAGCUCUUUCACGAACCUGGAAAUGGUGGCAUGUGAAGACCAACAGAGAGAUGCAGGACAGGCAGUGAUGGGCGAACAGACACAUCUGCAGGUGGAGCUGAGGGAGGGAACUGAAAACGGAGGGCUCCAGACCAGUGGCGCUGCGGGACACUCUGCCCCAGGGGAAGAACCAAAAGAGGUGGACUACGCCAGUAUCAACUACUCCCUACUGAAGAAGAAGACACCUGAGGAGGCAGAGAAGAAGACCACUACCACAGAGUCAGAUUACGUCGAAAUCAAACGAGAGAAGAAGAAUGAGGGGGGAAAAGAUAGUGGAGAGGGGAGUGGUGUGAUGGAAGAGGUGGAAGGGGAGGAGAUGAUAGGGAAGGACGUGGAGAAAGAGAACGGUAAGCCAGUACGAGAGACAGAUGAAGAUACAGCGCUUUACUCCAACGUCAAGGCUAUUUUUGGUGGAAAGUGACACAGCAAUUUUGUCUAGAAACAUGGGAGAUAGCACACAGUACUAUGGCUUCUAUUAUACAGCACUACUGUGUUUUCUCAUAUUCCAGACUGAAUGUUUUGUGAUGAUACAGAGACUUUGUUUAACUCAAUCUACUGUAGGUAAUAGUUUUGGUACUUCUUUAUUUUUCAGCCCUGUGUCAGCCGAAGCAAGUAUUUUUGGGAGGGUUAUACAUAUUUUUUAAGGAAGUUAAUGUAAUGUUAAUUUUGUAAUGAUUCUGUCUUGUGUCACCAUGGGGAAGGACUGACAAAGACAUGGUUUGGAGAAGUAGAGGUUUUCUCCUCUGUCCUUUCAUGUUUUGGCAUUUUGAUUUAACCCUAAACCUAUUUAUUGAGGCACUACCUUACUUUUGAUGGUUGUGUGUAUUUAUAAAUGUAUGAGGGAAAGGAAGUAACCCGCACACUGCUCUUGAUAGUACCACUGAUCUUUAAUAAACUUUUGUGAGUUUUUUAAAAUAGCACCCUUAUGUAGACCUAGCCCCACCCACAUCCGUUCCACGCAUCGAAUGGGGUUGGAGGCGAGGUGAAAAACAAAUCACUGCUACCAAAUAUAACAAUAUGCAUUUCAUAAAUAUUCGAAUAAAGUGUGUACAUAAAACGUAUUAAACACGUCUGUAAAACCACAAUGAGGACAUCAACCUACCAAGCAAGCUUUCAUAAAUCCUUGGGUACAGUGUAAGAAAAACGUCAGAGUAAUCUGAAAUAGGGGCAUAAUUCAUUUUCAAAUGUACAACAUCAAAUACACAGGCAUUUCAAAUUUAAGAAUUUAAGGAAAUAGUGUAUGGAGGGGUGAAAAUCCAAAAACAUUCUCUUUUGCUCAGAGUAUUAUUAAUCUCACCUCCCCUGUCUGAUAUCUUAACCUUCUCUAUGCCACAAAAUCUAAAGGCAGAAAUGUCAUGUUUAGGUCAUUAGAAUGUACUGCGACUGUAUAAUCCCUGUCGUUUCUCCUAAUUGAAUUUGUAUGUUCACUGAUUCUCUGUUUGAGAGAACGAUAGGGUUUUACCGACAUAGCACAGCCCACAUGGACAUUUAAUAAUGUAGAUAACAUGAGUGGUGGCAACACAAUCUCACAUUCAAUUCGUGCAUUUGUGUACAUAAUGCAUUUCAGCUAAUUUUGUGCGUGUUUGUGUUGCUUAAUUCGUGAGAAAAGACACGAAUUUAUGUGCUACUUAAUUUCCUUCGAAAAGACUAAUUUAACCACUAGGCUCCACACAAGCCUUUGCAACAACCAUUGACACGAUAGCCUAUAUUUAAUUGUUGUUCUUCUUUAUGCCUAAUUCGUCGUUAUGAAUAUACAAAAAUGUUGUCUUCAUUUAAUCCUGUUUUAAAAUGUAUAGUUGUAUGCCUAUAUGUACUUUUUUAGACUUGCUGAACAGAAUUUGUGAGAAAAUAUACACAUUACGUGCGACUUAAUUCGUGGGGAAAAAUUUGUUUUAUUAAUGCCAAUGCUGUUUUCUAUGCUUGAUUUCGUUUAAUACUUUGGGAUACUGGUGCACUUGUAAUCAGAAAGGGCAUUUUUUCGUAUAGGCAACAGUACACGAUUUUCGUCAUUACGCAUUACAUAUUUCGUGGAGCCUAAAUUACACAAUUGUCUUCAUAAUACAUUUAUUACAUGUUAAACAAGUUAAUGUAAAAUCAUGAAUUAUUUUGGCUUACACUUAUGGCACUUCCAAGGCCUUUCCAUGAUGAUUAUUACGGUCAUGCCAAUCAUGUUAUAAACUUAGGCUACUGUAACGCGUUCAAACAGUUAGCAAGUCAGAAUGUCAGUUUCCUAGUACAGACGAGCACUUAAACGCUGUAUUAUGCUGGCUUCACAUUUUCGUGUGAAAUGGGGAAAUGGAAAGUUGUAACUCCGACAUGAUUGUGUUCAAGUGCUUUUGAAUUCGGAACAAUGUUUAAACCAAUAAGAUUGGCAACAUAAUUUUCUCAUUUCCCACUUGUUAUUCCUAUUUGGGGGGUCAUUCAAGUGAAACAUCCCAGUAGGAACUAGGAAUUUCCGAGAACUCCGAUAGCAUUUGAACGAGGCAUUAGUAUGUGUAAUAGACAACAGUAGGGUCUGGGUCGCAGGGUGUCCAGCCAUUCACGACCACCGCGGAGCGAGUGUCAGUAGCCUACUGUGUGUCCGUAAAGUCAACUAGUAUAAUUAUUGUUUGUGAAGUAAGUAUGGUGAUUAUUAUUACGGUUCUGGUCGUAAAUAAAGUAAGAAUGAAAUUAAUGCACAAAAUAAAAUAUAACAUUGACAAA